UUCACAUUUGAGGCUGUAGAGCGCAGUCACACACAACUCUUGCAGCGGAACCGAACUGCUUGUCGUGUUUCUUGCCGGACACAUUUCCCCGGUGCUCUUUGAGAAAGAAGCGCUUCUCACGUUUUUGUACAGUGUGGCUGCAGAGAUGGCAACUACAACAGUGCCGGAGGUUCGUGACAUUACACGGAUUGAAAGAAUAGGGGCCCACUCACACAUUCGGGGCCUUGGUUUGGAUGAUGCUUUGGAGCCAAGACAGGUGUCACAGGGGAUGGUUGGCCAGCUGGCCUCGCGUCGAGCGGCAGGGAUAAUCCUGGAGAUGAUCAAAGACGGGCACAUUGCUGGCAGGGCCGUUCUGAUCGCUGGCCAACCCGGCACAGGGAAGACUGCUAUUGCUAUGGGUAUCGCUCAGUCUUUGGGCCCUGACACCCCCUUCACAGCUCUGGCUGGAAGUGAGAUCUUCUCCCUGGAAAUGAGCAAAACGGAGGCACUGAGCCAAGCUUUCAGGAAAGCUAUUGGAGUGAGAAUCAAAGAGGAGACUGAAAUCAUCGAAGGGGAAGUGGUAGAAAUCCAGAUAGACAGACCUGCCACCGGAACAGGUGCAAAGGUGGGGAAGCUGACUCUGAAGACGACCGAGAUGGAGACAAUAUAUGACUUAGGGAACAAGAUGAUUGAAAGUCUCAGCAAAGAGAAAGUUCAGGCCGGUGAUGUCAUUACCAUCGACAAAGCCACCGGGAAAAUCUCCAAGUUGGGACGCUCCUUCACCAGAGCCAGAGACUACGACGCCAUGGGAGCUCAGACACAGUUUGUGCAUUGUCCUGAAGGAGAGCUGCAGAAGAGGAAGGAGGUGGUGCACACGGUUUCCCUCCAUGAGAUCGAUGUCAUCAACAGUCGCACUCAAGGCUUCCUGGCUCUUUUCUCUGGAGACACCGGAGAAAUCAAGUCAGAAGUCCGUGAACAGAUCAACGCUAAAGUGUGUGAAUGGAGAGAGGAAGGCAAGGCAGAGAUCAUUCCAGGGGUGUUAUUCAUUGAUGAGGUGCACAUGCUGGAUAUGGAGUGCUUCUCCUUCCUGAACCGAGCCCUGGAGAGCGACCUGUCUCCUGUUCUCAUCAUGGCCACCAACAGAGGCAUCACUCGAAUUCGUGGCACAAACUAUCAGAGUCCUCACGGGAUCCCCAUUGACCUGCUGGACCGGCUGCUCAUCAUCGCCACAUCCCCGUACACUGAAAAAGAGACCAGGCAGAUUCUUAAGAUCAGAUGUGAGGAGGAGGAUGUGGAGCUGAGUGAGGAAGCUCACGCGGUGCUCACUCGGAUCGGCAUGGAGACGUCGCUGCGCUACGCCAUCCAGCUGAUCAGCACGGCAGGUCUGGUGUGUCGCAAGCGCAAAGGGACAGAAGUUCAGGUGGAGGACAUCAAACGAGUUUACUCUCUGUUCCUGGAUGAGGCCAGAUCCUCCCAGUACAUGAAGGAAUACCAGGAUUCCUUCCUGUUUAAUGAAACACAAUCGGCUUCCAUGGACACCUCAUAACGAAAACCCAGCCCAGCUUUUCUGCUUUUCCUCUCCGAGAUUUUAAUGCAGUUUAGAACCGGAUCCCCAGUUUGACACAAGCGAUUCCCUGAAGUAGAGAGAAAAUUGAAUUCUUUAAAUCCUAUACAUGUUUCCACUUGUUUGCUACUUUAUUUGAUGUUGAAUUCAGGAAUUUGUUGGAAAAAGUCACUGAAAUGGUGGAUUUACCUUAAAAACUUUUUUGUUAUUGAGGCCUUAAGCCAGGAGAAUCCAUUCCUGAUUUGGUUGUUCUUUGUCUUGAUUUGUCAUUGCAUGAUGUUUUUGAACAGUAAAAAAGACUUUUCUAGUCGGUCUUUUUAUUGUCAACCUUGCUUUGUAUUUCUCUUCAGGUUUCCUGUGUUUUUGAUCACUGAGGUCAAACCUUUCAGGUCACCUGUGUUUCCAAGUACAAGAACAUACUUUAGCAAACACAUGUCAGAAAGAUGAUGAUAAGAAAUGAACUUUAAAUUAAUGCACAUUUUCAGUGUAUAGAUGGUAUGGAUUUUCUUUAUUGCUUUUGUAGUGAUUCCACAAGUGGAACCUGAAGGUCUGUUAGUUAAAAAACAAGUCCAGACUGGAGAAAAAGUAUGUACAAUACUCCUUUGUCUCACAACACACAUUGUUUUUGAAAAUGAGUGUUUUACAUCAACAGUCCAGUUCAAAUGAGCAAAGUUGUGCCUGAAGCACCUGAAAGGAACACAAUCUAUGAAUCGUUUCUCUUCUCUUUCUGGAUGGAAAAAAAGUUGUUAAAGUUAAAUGUUCAGUUUGUUCCAAACAAGUUUUUACAUCUGUCUGACUACAAUACACCGAAGCAUUUCCACUUUCAUGAAACUCUCAGAUUGAGAACAGGUGCAGGAAGUUUGGAUGGAGGUCCUUCAGGUCUGACGUCACACUCCGUAAAACUGGUUACGUUUGCCACAGUGUGAGUGUAGAGGGGUCCAAAGUCCCAGAAGAAGUUUCUUCUGAAGGACAGAAUCAUUUCUUUAAAAAUGAAAGGAUUAACAGAGUUUUUCAAGAUUUGGAUGGAUAUGUCAAGUGCAAAUGUUAAAAGGUCAUUUCAGACAAUCAGUGCUGACCUGUUCUGUCCUCAUGUGUUAACUCUUCAUUGUUGUGCAAAUACACUUUGUCUUUACUAAAAGUGA